GGCUUCACUCAUGAGGCAAAAUGGCAGCGCCCACCCCCAGGAAGGCUGUACCCAGCGCCCAGUGCACCCACACACCCCAGCCGCCCUGGGAGACCGAGUCACGCGAUGGGAUCCCCCCUGAGGACAUGGACAUCACGGAUGAGCUGCCCUUGGGGGCGCCCGGUGGAGGAUGGGAAGAUGAAGUGAAGGAGUGGCUGCAGGAUGAGGGUCUCCUGAGCUACCUGGACCAGCUGUGCUCCCAGGAAGACUUUGUCACCCAGGUGGAGGAGGUCAUUGACCCCCAGUUCCUGAAGCAAAUGAAUUCCCCAGACGCACAGCAGGACCCCUUGGCCCUGGCUGAGGAGUUGGAGCAGGAAGAAGGGCUCACUGCUGCCCAGCUGGUAGAGAAGCAACUCCUGGCCUCCAAGGAGGGGGGCGUGCAGGCACCCCCGAGUCACGGUGCUCCACUGUGGGACUCAAGUCCUUCUGAGUCUGCGAGCAGCCCAGAUGCCCAGAGGCGUGACCAGGAUGACCAGCUGAAGAUUGCUCUCUAGAGAGAAAGGAAGGGAGAGGGAGAGAGACAGAAACAUCAACGUGAGAGCAAAACCUCCAUCAGCCACCUCCUCCUUGCUCCCUACCGGGGACUGAGCACAAAACCCUGGCGUGGGCCCCAACAGCAACCUUUCAGUGCACAGGACGACACCCAACCACCUGAGCCACACCA